CUCUCUCUCUCUCUCUCUCUCUCUCUCUCUCUCACACACACACACACCCGAGCGGAGGAGGAUGAGGCGAAAAGAAGGAAAACAUGUUCACGACUGUACGGAUUAUAACGCUUCGAGUGUUAGAAUGAUUUUCCUCCUGGUCUGGUGGUUUACUGGGACACAUUUUACAGCUCUGCCAUGGUGUGAGGCGGUACAGGUGAGCGUGCGCGACGGGCGCCGUUUCGCAAUGCUUUUCCAGUCGGUGGUUCUGCCAUGUCAGUAUACAAGCACCUCUACUCAUACACCAGUGGUGCAGUGGUGGUACAAGUCAUACUGCCGUGACCGUACGCGUGACGCAUUCAGCUUUCCAGAGUCUCUUGGGGUCCGGGGGUCAGAACUGGGGGCCACCUCCCAUCUGGACUGCAGCGACACCGGCCGGACGGUCCGGGUUGUGGCCUCUGGACAGGGAUCCUCUCUCACCAUUGCUGAUUACUACAAAGACCGAGACAUCUCCAUUAUCAACAAGGCUGACCUGCGCAUUGGAGAGUUGCGAUGGGGUGACAGUGGAGUUUAUUUCUGCAAGGUGGUGAUCGCUGAUGACUUGGAAGGCCAGAAUGAAGCUCAUGUGGAACUGCUGGUUCUGGGUCAGACAGGUGUGGCUGAUGAUCUCCUGCCUGAGAUAGAUCUGGAGAUUAUGCCAGAGUGGGUGUUUGUGGUGGUUGUAGUCCUCGGUGGUGUCUUGUUCUUCAUCCUGGCCGGUGUGUGCUGGUGUCAGUGCUGUCCUCACUCCUGCUGCUGCUACGUGCGAUGCUGCUGUUGCCCUGAAACCUGCUGUUGUCCUCGCCACUUGUAUGAAGCUGGGAAAGGCAUAAAAACUACACCCUCCGUGCCAGUAGCACUCUACCCUCCAUACUACAUGCAAGGCAUGCCCACCAUGGUGCCCAUCUCUCCUCCGUCUCUCGUUGAGUCCAAGAUAUCCAUGGCACCAUCCGUCGAUAACAAUAAUAUCUCUUCGUCUCAGCAGCCGUCAGUGCACGGUGGGUAUCGUCUCCAGCCCACGCCGGAUCAGAAUUCACUGAAAGUGCUGCAGUAUGUGGAGAGAGAGCUGGUGCAUUUCAACCCUUCUAAGACCCUCAGCAGUCAUGACACUUGCAGUAUGUCAGAACUUAGUUCCUUACACGAAGCAGAGACAGAUUUCCACCAGGCUUAUCGGAAGGUUCAGAAGAAAGCACUUCCAGCCAUUCCUGAUAUGGAUGACCCUCCAGACCUACUGAGUAGAGAAAAGUCUCCAGUGCACGCACAAACUUCCACUCGACUUCCUCAUCAUCGAGUGAAGGAUGAUCACCCAAGGUGGAACCCUCGUUCUGAGCACUUGCAGAGGAAGGCUUUCCAAAUGAAAGGACGCACAGGCUCUCUGGACGAGCUUGAGGAGUUUGCCAUGAGCUACGUGCAGCGACGGCACCACGAUGACUUUAGUGACGAAGAAGACGGUCACUUUACAUGUUCAAAACAAAGGCAGCGCGAACACGAGCACGACCGGCGGAGAGAACAGGAGCUGGUGCAUGACCGUUAUCCAUACCACAACUCUAAACGUUAUUCUCCUAAAGAUUUUCAAGACAGACCUCGUCCUCCAAGUCCUCCUCCUGUACUGGGCAAUUCAAAGAGACGAGAUACAGGAGACAGCAAUCUUCGGCGUGAUCGCAACGCAUGGGACUUGAGAAGGCAGGAAGUCGAGAGCAGACAGGACUACGAUGACGCCCUCCUCAAUAGCUUAUUGGAACGCAAAGCAAAAGCCGGGAGGAGCUUGUCUUCGAAAGGUGGACGGAAUGAGGAAGAAUCAGAUAGGCCCUCGAAGAAUAGUUCUCAAAAGAGCUGCCACAGUCACUCACCUAGCAACAGACCAACAGAGGACGAGUCGUUGCCCCCGUACGCAGAAAGGGAACCAGAGCGUUUCCGUGGAGCUGUGAACUCUCACCCACCCUUGACUUCCACACGCUCCAGAAAAGAACAGGAGAAUAAAGAGGAACUGAGUAGGCCGCGGAAAGUGACAUUUUUUGAUGAACAGAAUUCGCAGGUUGAUUCGGACCUAGGUUUUUCCGUCACGGUUCGAUUUGUACCUCGAAUCGACAACAGAAAAUAAACCUGUACACAGAACACACUCCUAAGCAGAGAUUCGCUCAUAGUCUGAGCUGUAAAGCCAGGUCUCACACGCACUUGCUCUCCAUCCAGCAUCUGUUGUCUUCCCACUCUGAUCUUCACACUUUUCACCUGCUAAUUGGCCGUCUGACGUCCUGGAACGCUCGGAGGAUUAAAAGGAGGAGAAGUGUUUAUUACAGCAACGUCCAAACAGUCCUGGAAAAGCUCUAGUUUCACAAAGACGCUUUGUUCUCUUAAAUAAAAACAACUGUUACUUAUGUGGACUACAAGCAGCCAGGAAGCUGGUGGAGCUACAGGUUUACGAAGACACGAUCAAAGUGGUAGUAUUUUAUUGUAUGGUACCUUUAAAAAAAACUGUUAUUAUUCUAAUACUUUUGUACUCUUUGGUAAAGGUUGUCCACGUUACAAGGAACUUUUGCAGCGAUACAAAGUGGACUUAAAGGAACUGUGUUUAUUUUAAGAAGGACACAUGCUGUGAUUGUAGGAACAUGAAGGCAUUAUGGGUAAUGCUACGUUCACACACAGAAUGAUUUUAUCCCUGCAAGUCUUAUACUAUACUGUACUAUAAAGUCGCCAGGAAACUCGUUGCCAUAGUAAUAACACAACUAGCAUACAGACUAACGACAGUCUUCUUGCUACUAAAACAAAAUGUUAAUGAGGGAGAUUUUGCUGUUUGUGUAUAAAAUUCAGCAGCUAAAAUGAAUCACUAGACACGCCCACAUCUAGUCACCAGAGAACGGCUGCUCUCGUUGAAAAUAGAUAAACUCCUGUCACCUUGUAGCUGUAUGUGUGAACGUAGCAUUGGGAAACAGCGUACACACGGGUCAUUGUAAUGACACGCAACCAUGAUUUCACACGACGUCACCAGGGGACGCUGUGCGAGAUCAGACCGUGGAUGAUGUCACGCACCUUUUGUGGCAUCUUGUAUCUUUCAGCCCUUAUUGUUAUGUGCCAACAAACAAUGCCAUAUGUGUUACGUUAUCUGGAGAAUGAAGUUUUUUUAAUGUCUGUUUUAAUACAAAAAUAAUAAUUGAGAAACUUUGGCAAUUAUUAAUUCUAUGCCUGUUUUUUUUUUUUUUUUUUUUUUUUAGCUUAUUUUCUAUUUGUGUCUACAUAUGUGGACAUUGUGUUUUGACACUUAUUAUUACUGUAUCUUGGCUACGUGGUAUUUUCAAUAUUUAAUACUAAAUCAUAUCAUUAACUUAAAUAUAGCGGUUAGAGGAACAUUCUGGCUCUUUCUAAACCAAUCUCUGUAUGUUGUGUCUAAAAUGUGAAUAGACUGAAUGUCACAUACAAGCAGUGACACGAGAAAUAAACUGAAACCCAACAUUA